AAUGAAUGGAAGUUUAUCAUACAACAACAAACAACAAUUACAGAAAAACAAAAAAGAAAACAUCAAAACAAAAGAAAACAAACAACAACAACAACAAAAUGUUUUAAAAGAAACUUCCGCCUCUUCUUUCUCUUCUUCUCAUUGUUGUUUUUGUUGUUUUUGUAGAAGAGAUAAAGAAAGAGAGAAAAAGAAAAGUUCCAUAAAAUUAUCAUCAUCAUCCUUACCUCCAUCAACUAGUCAACAAACAAAACACCAACAAUUACCUUCACAUUUUGAUCAUUCUUUCUCUUCAUCCUCUUCCUCUCCAUCUUCCUCUUCGUUAUCUUCUUCACGUCUUUCAUCAUCAUUUUCUUCUUCUUCAUUUGACAAUUCUUUAUCUACAAAUUUUUCUUUUCACCACCGUCAUCGGCGGAGAGGGGGAAUGCGCUGGCUUAAAAAACGUCCAGAAAAGGCUUAUUGUCGAUUACUUAGAGAAAACACAACAUUUCACGGAAUUAGAGAUUCAAUAGCUACUGGGGGUUGGUUAAGGGCUCUUUGGAUUUGUAUUAUUUUUCUAGCUUCUAUGGCUGCUUUAAUUGGUUGUGGAUUUAUUGUUUGGGAAUUUAAUAAUCGUCCUUUAUCAGUAACUUAUAGUAUAAGAGAAAAUGUUAGUUUAAUAAUCCCAGAUAUUAUAAUUUGUCCAUUUAAUCGUUUUAACAAAACUUAUUUAAAUUAUUGGAAUGUUAGCGAUAAUUUAGCACAAUAUUUGGAGGUAUUUUUAAAAAAGAAAAUAUAUUUAAAUUUAAUUUUAAUUACUUUAAAGUUAGCAUUUCCCCAAGCUUCCCAACAUCCCUUUCAAUACAAAUCUUACAAAAAUUUAAUUGACAAAAUAAAUGAAUUGGAAGAGGAAUUAAAUAAAUUAUUAUUAAAUAUUGGAAUUUCUUUUGCUGAAUUUAUUGAUAAAGCAGCAAUUAAUUGUAAAGCAUUUUUUGCGAGUGAUAAAUCAAUUUGUGAUAAUUCAAAAGAAUUAAUGUCGAUGACUGGAAAAUGUUUUAGAAUUAAAGGGGAAGAACAAAAAAUUGAUGGAAAUGGACAUCCACAAAAAUUAAUUUUAAAUUUGCCAACGAAAUUAUUUAAUCCGGCACCCAAUCAAAUGUUAAAUAAUGGAAUUUUGGUUAAAUUAGCUGAGAGAAAUAAAGGAAUAGAUCAUGACAUGUCAUUUAUACCUGCUGGGGUACAUGCAAUGAUACAAUUAACUGCAACACGUUUUGAAUUUAAACAUUAUCCCCCUCAUUUCCUUUGUAGAGAAGAGGAAGAAUCUUAUUCCCGUGUUUGGUGUUUUGAGAAAUGUUUUCUUGAGGAAGCAGAAAAGAAAUGUAAUUGUUCUUUAGCGGCAGCUUCCCAACCUGGAAGUCCAAAUAUUUGUACACCCAGACAAUUCUUUAAUUGUUUUUAUAUUGUUUUACAAUUUACAAAUGCUAGUUAUGUUGAUGAUAAUGUUGCGAAAUGUAAAACAAUGUGUUUACCUCCUUGUCGAAAUUGGAGAUUUGAUAAAACAAUUAGUUAUGCUAAUUUUCCUUCUGAAGUUGCUAAACAUUUUGUAAAAGACAAAACAAAAUGGGAAAAUUUACAAAAUACAAUAAUUUUGGAUGUUUUUUACACAACACUUGAUUACACAGUAAUUCAACAAAUGUUAACAAUAACCCCGUCUUCAUUUAUUGCUCAACUUGGAGGUCAAAUUUCACUUUGGAUUGGAGGCUCAAUUAUUUCAGUUAUUCAAUUAAUUAUUUAUUUAAUUAGUUAUUUAUUUGUUUAUUUUCGUCGAACACGCCAAGAAACAAUUAAAAGAAUGAGAGAAAAUAGAAAAAGAAGAAAAAGUGAAUUAUUUAAUAUUGAAAAAAAUAAAAAAGAAAUUGCUUUGGAAGGUGGAUUACCUGAACCUGCAGAAAUUGAAAUUUUAUGUCAAAAAGAAAAAAGAAAAAUUAAAAGAAAAAAUAAAAAAGAAGAAAAUAAAGGAGGAGAAGAAAUUAGUAGUAAAUUAAAAAGGGAAAUUAAAAGAAGGAAAAGAAGAAGAAAAAUUGGUAAAGAAAUUAAAUUUGGUUAG